AUGAUGAUGAUGGCCACAGCAACGAAGGGCAAACGCCCGCUCCGCCACCUGACGGCGACGGACAAGAUCGACGCGAUCCAGCGGAUCCACGACGGCGAGUCGAAGGCGUCGGUGGCGCGCGACAUCGGCGUCCCGGAGUCGACGCUGCGGGGCUGGUGCAAGAACGAGGAGAAGCUCCGCUACAUGUCCCGCCAGUCGGUCGAGAACGCGGAAAAGCUGAGCAACGAGGCGACGGCGGCCGCCCUCACGGCCGCCGCCGCCGAACUGUUCAGCGGGGGGCCGCCCGAGAAGCGCCUCAAGCUCGACUCGUCCCUGUUCGGUGGCAGCGGUGGCGGCGGGAAGCUGAAGUACGACGACGCCACCGCGAGCUUCUACAAAGUGUCGUCCGGCGGCACCGGUCGCGGAUCGCUCAACGGGCUCGAUCUGUCCGGUGGCGGGGGCGGGGUGGACAAAACGUCCGGCGGCGACAUGAUCAUGAACGGGCUGGCGGGCGCGACCGACUUCAGUCAGUUCGCCAAAACGGCCGCCGAGAUAUCGGCGCUCAGCAAAUCGAGCAAGGCGGCGGCGGCCGCGGCGGCCGUUUACGGAGCGGAUCUGUCCAAGCACCAUCACCACCACCACCACCACCAUGGGGGCGAUCCGACCAAAUCGGACCACCACCUCUCGAUGGCCGCCAUCAGCCCGCUGACCAGCCUCAGCCACCUGUCGGGCAUGUCGGGGCUCGGUCAGAGUCCGCUGGCGCUGAGCUUCAACGACAUCGCCACCAACCUGAACCUGAUCGCGCAGCUCAACAACAACCACAGUCUCGCCACCAUGUCCAGUCUGGCGGGCGGGCUGAACACGGCGGCUGCGGCAGCCGCCGCCGCCCAGUCCCUGCGCAGUGUUCGCCCGAAGGGCAGCGGCAGUUCGGCGGCUAACAACGGCACCAACAACCAUCACCACAGCGGCGGGGGCACCCGUGGAGGUAAUGGCCUUCAGGACGGUGGCCUCGGUGGCGGAGGCAACGGCGGCAACCUGUCGAAUGGUGGCGGUGCUGGAGAUAAAGGUUCCGGUGGCCGCGACGGCGGCGGCGGCGGCAACGGUGGAUCGUCCUCCAACAACGCAGCCGUUCCUUCCCUGACCGUGCGCAACUUGGCGAAACUGCAGCAACAGAAAAGCAGCGGAGCGUCGAGCGGCAGCGGCGGUGGCGGCGAUCAGCAACAACAGCCCUUCGGUAACGGUAUGCUUCAUCAGCCACACGCUGGCUUAGCUAGUUUGUCUGAGCAGUUCAGAAACUCCACUUCUACUGCCACCACUACCACCACCAACAACAACCAACACCAUCACCACCACCAUCACAAUCCCGCUACAACUACCACCAAUCCUGCUUCCGUAGGUCGCGAUCCGAACGCUCCCGUCGACGAUGCGCUCUGGUACUGGCUGAAGUCGCAGCAGGCCGUGCUUGGGCUGAACAACCUCUACUCCUCGCUACCACGCGCCACCACCAACAGUCCCCCGACGCCACCGCCUCCGGCACCGGCCUCCGCACUGCUGACAACGGUCGGUGCGAGCGGGUGUGCUUCGCCAACGCAGCUGCCCCCCUCGGUGCACACGCCUCCACCGCUACCACUGGGCAGUGGAGGAGGCGGUGGUGUGCCGCUCGUAAGCACCCCACAACCCACACCCCCCUCGUCUGCACCUUCACUGACACCGGAGGACACGAAGAACUCGUCCUGGUUCUGGCAGUGGUACAAAUCGUUCGGUGCAUCGCUCAUGCCGGGCGGGGCAGCAGCCGGUGGCGGUACCGGGACCGGUGACUCCAAGCAGCAGCAGCAGCAGAACCACCACAGCAUCAACAACAACUCGAUUAGCCAGCAGAACAACAAUCAGAAGUCAGCGGCAGCGGCGGCGGCUGCUGCAGCGGCCGCAGCCAACGCGUCCCUGGCCGCGUACGAAAACAUUCUCUACUCGCAGCUCACGAAGGGAUCGGCGGCGAACAGUGCGAGCGAUACGCUCAACAACAACCACCACCAGGUCCUGGGCGGCCAUCAUCAUCAGCCCCACGGAAUGGGCCAUCUAGCCGGCGGUGGCGGUGCCAGUGUCGCUGACGACGGGCCAAUGGAUCUGAACCUGAGCAGUUCGGAAGCGAAACCAGAGGACCUGUCGAAUCAUCAUCACCACCACGGUGAUCGGGCGAAGGAUAACGGGGUGAUGGGCAACGGGGAUGAGCGCCGCUCGCGGUACAAUCCUAGCCCCUGUUCGACAACCGCUUCCUCUCUACACAGCAUCGAGCAUCAGCCGUCCGACGAAGAGGAUGAUCGAGCGGAGCUGCUGAAGGAAUCGUCGCUGCCAGCCGUUACCGAUCGCGAGCAGGACGAAGACUCGAUGGCCGGUGACGAAGGCGACGACGGCGACUCAAGUUUGGGCCGCAAAGAAGGAUCACCGAUAGCGGCUAGGCACAGCAUCACGAAUGGCGGCGAGGAGGACAUUCACGAGCAGUCGACCGACGCUCGGGAGCCCCGCGAUGGCGACGACGGCGAAGGCGAAGACAAAGAGUCGUGUGGUGGCGAUCGCCGUGAUCCAGGCGCUGAUCGGUCGGGUGAUAUCGAAAACGACAUCCACUCGGAGGAUGCUGCUGUAUGCGAGGAGGAAAGGACGGGACUGUUCGGUGGUAGCAACAGCAUCGAUCGCUGUUCGAUCACUCCACAGUCGUUACCGCGAGGAUCAUCCACCAGCCCGGUGCCAAGUGGUGGCAUGCUCAACGGUGUCGAAACGGCAAGAGACGACGACCUGAAGAGUAGCGAUCUGGAGUCGGACGACUCGAACGUGCAACAUCCGACAACGACGACGACAACGGACCGGUCCCCGGGAGCACCCGAGUCGUCGCCCGUGAUGGCCUCCUCGGUAGCCGUAGCCGACAUCCGCAACCUGGCCGACGCCGUGGAGCACGGUGAAAAGUUCCUCAAGUGGCUCGAAGCGUGUAGCGACCCGAACGUAACCGCCAUGCAGGUGGUACAGUUUAAGUAUCUGCUCAACAGCAUCAAGCUGAGCGCCGAGCGGCAACAGCAGAACGCCACGAUCGCCGGAGUGUACGGUGGUGGAGGAGUGGUGUCGGAGGAGCGAACGCGCAUCCGAAAGCGCAAGUAA